AUGCUUGGUCUCAAUGUUGCUCUGCCAAAUGGUGCUUCUGUGUAUAACAUUAAAAACCAUUAUAGAUUUUGUAAGCAAAAAUCUUUGGUUAGUACUAAACUCCAAACUCUUCGAGCAAUACCUCCUGAAAUUCACUCCAAAGGCCUCACACUCACACAGCCAACUUUGCAGUAUUUUCUGGCGAAGAUCUGUGAUAUAAGAGUUAAUCCUGAAGAACGUACACGCCUUGGAUUACGUUAUGCAAACACACCUGGUGAAGUGCAAAAGUUAUUAUUGAAAUUGAAACGAAAGCAAUCAGUGGCGAAAGAAUUAGCAAAUGUUGACUUAAAUGCAGUCAUUACUACUUUAAAGGAAAUUCUCAGUUCUUUUCCCAGAGGAAUAUUUGACGACCAGUCUGAAGAAUUUAUAUGUGUUUCACCUGAAUCCUCGCUAGAGACAGCUCUUAUUUACGUAAAUGGAUUGAUUCUACAACUACCCCAUUUUCUACGUCAGUUCACCUACCUCAUUUGCCGAUCAAUCAGAAAUUUGAUCCAUCAAUCCGCUGGUUCAAUUACUGAUGCAUAUACAGAUGCACUGCUAAUUUUUACCCCGGUACUUUUUUCUAAUUCGGUUCAAGAAAUAGACCGCUUUCUGCGAGCAGCUCGAAUAACUCUAAUUUUAGUCGAUUUGUGUGAUUUCGUAUUUCGACCAUUUCUUGUAUUGACAUCGAAUUUUAAUCCAACGGACGACGAUUUUUUUCACGAUGUUUUGGAUAGUUUGACGGAUCUCUGUAAUUGGUUGGAUGCAAAAAUUGACAACGAUGAUAGUAACGAUAAUGCAAGCCUUAUAAUGAUGGAAAGCCACUUUAAUCUUAAUAGUAAUGCUUUCGAUACUACUGAUGAUGGCAUCCUGUACACACUGAAAAACCUUCCUAAUCCGAUCAAUUAUUAUCAGAUUACGUAUCUGACUGAAUAA